CCCUCACGGUCAUACGCACUCGUAGCCACACCUGGCCGCACACGCACUCACACAUAGAUACAGACACACUUACACACACACACCCACACGCGCUCCGACCAAUGCCUCUUAAGCAUUGGUGGUGGUGGUGAGCGCAGCGCUGCUUGUGCUGGAGAAUGGACCGCUUGUGAUGGUGGUGGCGACGCCAAGGAGUGCACAGUCGUACUACAGGGUGUACAAGACUGUCCCCAGUGCCUCCUACUCCUACUCCACCAGACAUAGGUCUAGCUCAAGCCGAAGUAACGCCGUGGCCCCGUCCUCGCCGCAAGGUACGCCGCAAGCCGCGCAGCGGCGCAAGGUGCAACUGGGAACGACACAGGCUAGGGCAGAUGCCACGUAUAGGAGAGCUGGUGACAUACAGGCAGGUGAAUACAUGCAAUACCAUCCUGUCGAGAACACCCCAGAAGUGAGGAAGGCCCGUGAGGAGUUCUUCAGACUUUAUAACAAGCAAGCCAAGUUGGUCGCCAAGCCAGCUGACACGAAGCAAUACGACACUCUGAGCUACACGCAGUCUUCCCUGAUCGGAAGAAGAGAAGAUGAUGAUGAUGACGAUGAACAGCAGCAGUCCUACGACUUGUACGGAUACUCAGAGGAGGAAGAGGACCACGAGCACGAGUCCGGUUAUUCAGAGGGAGAGGGGUACUACGAAGACCAUGAGUCCGGAUUCGAGGAGGAGAAUAGCGAGGAGAUUGACGAAUACGAACAAGACUCUAAUGAGGGCGAUGAUUCUUCCUCCAGCGAGGAGAGCUCUGAGGAAAAUGAAUGGGGCGAGGAGAGCUCUGAGGAAGAUGAAUGGGGCGAGGAGAGCUCUGAGGAAGAUGAAUGGGGCGAGGAGAGCUCUGAGGAAGAUGGAGGCGAGGAGAGCUCUGAGGAAGAUGAAGGAGGCGAGGAGAGCUCCGAGGAAAAUGGUGAAGCUUCCGAGGAGGGAGAUGAAGGAGGCGCAGACUCCUCUGAAGAAGAAGAAGAGGGGAAUUCCAGGAACCUGGUGUGGGGCCCAAGAGGAUGGGCAUACAAAUCUAAGCCUAGCGCUCGCUCGUCUCUCAAUACGAAUUUUCUUGUCCCGCAGCCUGUGACGGAGACUCCGGCGGUCAGGUUAGCCAAGAGGAAGUUCUUCGAUCUUUAUAAAGUACAAGCUGAAAUGUCAUUCAACGCUCCCGACCACUGACUUCUCACAGACAACGAAGUCACAGGUGCCACCUGCAAGUUAUCGCUUUCAACCUCAUCUUCACCUGCGUAUGCAGAAAUGGGAGAGAAAACUAUCGAUAUUCUGAUAAACAGUAUAUCUGUGACUCUCCAGGGCUUUAUCCCGACAUUGGUCUUCCUGGCCAGACAGUACUCAGGUACACAUCGACGCAUGAGAGAAAAAACAUUAAAUUUUGUUUACAAAAUAUAUAAAUUGAAUGAGUUUUACUUACAUUCUAAAAGGAGACGAUACCUAUGAGCGAAGAAAUGGUAGGCUUCCUGCUGAAGU